ACGUGCACUCUUCCUUUCCAAACAUCACACUCUCUUCUCUUCUCCUCCACUCCACUCCACUCCACUCCACUCCACCCGCGUUUUGGGAAACCAGAAAAGAGACCACCCACUUUUCUUUCUCCUCCACCCACGUCGCUGGCGAGGAAACACGAAGGCAGAGUGCAGGCCAUUCACGACGUCUCCAUCGGACUGCGAUUCACGAAGGCAAAGCGCAGUGAACGGAGAACGCAGAGCCACCAUCGGACUGCGAUUCACGACGAUUCCGACGGCCACCACCACCGCGAAGAUAGCAAACACAGAAUUGAAAUGGAGGAUUCGGUUAAAGAUGCAACCAAGUCUAGUUCUGUUCUUCAGCAACAACAGAAGAUAAUUGUGUCGUGGGAUGAAAUGAUAGAGAAGGGUUUGGGGAACUUCGGGUGGACACAGUUCCUUCAAUGCAUCCUCGUAUCAGUGGCAAUGUUCUUCGAUUCACAGCAACUAUUCAUAGCAAUCUACACUGAUGAUUACCCGACAUGGCACUGCACCAACCACACCACAACAUGUACCUCAAAUUCCGGCAUCUGCAAGCUCCCAAAGACAUCAUGGGCAUGGGAUGGACCCUCUUCCAAGACAAUCAUUUCACAGUUUGGCCUUGAAUGCGCCACCAGCUUCAUCACAGGUUUACCUCAAUCCUCCUUCUUCCUAGGUUGUCUUCUUGGUUCCUUUCUUCUUGCCACCUUAGCCGACACAUCUCUCGGAAGAAAGAACAUGAUCAUUCUGUCUUGUUUAUCAAUGUCCGUAAUUUCACUCAUCAUCAUCUUCUCCACCAACGUCUGGAUCUACUCGGCGCUGAAAUUCCUCAUCGGGUUCUGUCGAUCAUCGAUCUCAACAUGUUGCUUGGUGUUGCUCAUGGAGAAAGUGAGCACCGAGUGGAGGUUCACGGUGGGGAUUAUAGAGUUUGUGUUCUUCACAUCAGGGUACAUGUCCUUGCCCGGUGUAGCGUACGCCAACAGAAAUUCUCCAUGGAAAUAUCUUUACGUUUGGAUUUCUCUUCCUGCCCUCUCUUACUCUCUCAUCGCAUACCUUUUCGUCACCGAGUCUCCAAGGUGGCUUCUCAUGCAAGGUCGAGUCAAAGAAGCCAUGGAAAUGCUCAAAGGAGUUCAUGACAACGCUGCACCAGAAGAAAAUGGUGUUUCAACAACAGAUACGUAUAAUUAUCUCAAAAGGGUUGAUGUUUCCACAUUAAAUACUGAAUCUUGUGAAGAAAAAAGUGAUCUUGAAAGGAGUGAAGAGAAAAAGAAAAAAAGGGUUUCGUUUUCCAAACCAUACUCAUCAGUAGCAGUGUUGUUGAGAACAAGUUGGGGUCCGAAACGGAUGGUGGGAGUUAUGGGGCUAGGUCUUGGCAUUGGAAUGGUGUAUUUUGGGAUGCCAUUAGCAGUGGGAAACUUGAACUACAACAUUUACCUUGCAGUGGUGUUGAAUGCUUUGAUGGAAAUACCCUCUUGCGUGGUGACCUAUUUCUUGGGAAAGUGUGGGAGAAAGUUAUCGAUUUUUGUGUUCUCAGUGGGAAGUGGGAUAUGUUGCAUAGUGUGUGUGGUGAUACGCAGUGAAGGUGUUAAGGUGUGGGUUGCAGUGGCAUCGUUUUUCUGUGCAUGCACUGCAUUUAACGUGUUUCUGAUAUACAUGGUGGAGCUGUUUCCGACAUGCGUGAGGAACACUACAGCAUCACUUGCGAGACAAGCUGUGGUGUUUGGCUGCGUGUUCAGUCCGUUUCUGAUAGCUGCAGGGAGAAAGAACAACCUUUUCUCUUAUGGUGUUUUUGGAGUGCUUAUAAUUUCCUCCACUUUAACGUUGUUGAGUUUGCCUGAGACCAGAGGAAUGCCUCUUUCUGACACCAUGGAUCAGCAAGAGAUGAAAGAAGGAAACUUCCCUCUGUCAUGUUAAUGGGUGACAAGGCAAAUUUUUUAUGCUUUUCUGAAGUUUCGUAGGGUGAAAGGUCUUAAACUUGUUUAUUUUUCUUUUCUUUUAAUUUUAUCUGCUUAGAGUAAAUUAUUAGAGUAAAUUAUCUUUGAUUUAAUUAAUCGGAUAAUACACACUUUUAUUUAGAUGUAUCAAUUUGAUAUCCGCCUUUAAAAAGAUGUCAAUUAAGUUUCAACUUUUGAAAA